AUGAAUCGUUCUUCUGCACUUUCCAGCUAUGGUCAGAACCUGUUGAGCACCUUUGGGAUUGGGCAGUGGGCUCCCAAUGAGGUGGUAAACGUGUGGCUGGAUGAGAAGAAGUUCUACAUGUACUCGCCUUUACCUGGUGGAUGCAAGACGGGACACUUCUGCUCCCACUACGUUCAAGUGGUUGCCAGGAAGACAACGGAUAUUUGUUGUUGCUCGACUUCUUUCUGGAGGGACUCGUCGCCAAACAUACGAGACAGCGAAAGCCAAGCCGCAAGCAUGGGGCCCCAGGGACCAGAGUCAACAGAUAGCGUCCUCCCCGCAACCACCGAGUUAUCUGCUCCUCCGCCUGACAUUUCGCCCGGCGCUACGAACAAGAAGAAGCGUCGGCUCAAGGUGAAACUCCCGGCAAUCAAGGAUGUGCCAUGGAAGGGGAUGUUCCUAUGGGCGAUGGAAUGGAUGUCCAACCCUAUCAACGCCGCGUCCUUCUUCUGGUGUGUCCUCGCGACGUUCGCGUUCGUUAUAGUCGUUAUGUGCGAGCUCGGCUUGAUGAAGAAUUACAUUCACGACCACGAGACGCUGGAAGAAGUGAAGGAGGUGUCGACGCAGAUCCUGAACGCUCUCUUCGUGCUCAUGUGUCUCAUCUGGCAUCCGGUCUUCAUGCGAGACGUGCUUCUGCUCAUCCGGUGGAAACCCAAAGAUAAGUGGGAGAUUCGCGCCGAGUACUGCAAGGACGGGAAGCGGAAACCCAACGAUCGCACGCACAUGGCGUUUGUCGUUUUCUGGCUGCAGCUGACGUGCUGGGCGACGUACGCUUUCGCAGCGGUCUUCCUGGUCUACCCUAUGGGUGAACGACCCAUGAGCCUGAUUAUCGUCACCACUGUCGUUUCCUUCGUUGCACCCGCGUUCGCCUUCCUCCAUCUGCUCCUGAGCCCUCUGAGCAAGGACUAUGACAUUGUGCGGGUUGGAGAGGGCGAAGGGGCCAAAGUGCAGAUGUACCAGCGGAGUGCAACGUUCAUGGUGUCUCAUACCAAGGUGGAGGACGCGCAAUGGGCUGGGUCGGAGGUCCGGACCACGGACCAGUAUCAGGUGGUGGAAAACUCGUUUUACAGACGAGCAGGCGACAUUGAGAGUGGGUCUGGCGCCCCAGCGCCUGCUGGGGCACUGGAUACAGUUCCUGAUGCGGAGGAGGAAGUGGAGGAAGAUGAGGAUGAGGAUGAUGAUGAAAUGGAUGCUCCUGCUCACCAGACAAUGCAGAAGUGA